AUACGAUCUAACAGAAUCAAGAUCGAUGAUAAAAGAAAUUUUCAUGAUAUCAUUGUUAAGGAACUUCAGGCAAUACUAGAUGAAUUUAAUAUCCUGGUCAAAUCCUUCCGUAUGGCACGCGAAAAACUUUCACAAGGUAACCCUCGCCCCUCGGCCUCGCACUCCAUUUUAUUUCCCUUCACUGUCAAUAGACUCCGCAUUGCUCGCCUUCUCUAUAUGUUUUCUUGAAAGAACAUGGAGAACCAAGAUCACAGAGCUCCGAUAUCGUCAGGACAUGGGGUUUACUUGUGCAGUAAAUGUGGGUGGCCUUUCCCGAAUCCACACCCCAGCGCUAAACACAGGAGAGCCCAUAAGAAGGUAUGUGGAACCAUUGAUGGGUACAAGGUCAUUCAACCCGAACUUACCCCUUUGGCAAUUUCAGAGGAAGAAGAACAACCACUAUCCGGCGAGGGUCGGACCCCAAGUCCUAAGAUUGAAGGCAAAAGUUUGAAGGAGGUUGCAGGCAGCUGCCAGUCUGCUACUAGAUCAGAAGACGAGCAUUUCUCCGAUGCUAUGGCAGAGUUCUCUGAUAGUGGACUUAGUCCCGGAAUGGAUGAGGGUUCCGAGGUUGCUCGGAAGUUGGUUAGGGAUGUGGAGAAGUUUGAGGAGGAGGGCGAUGGAUUGCUCAAGGUUGAUGCUACUAUUGUUGAUGAUCCAUCAAGGACACUCCAAAUAGGAGAUCUUCAACAGGUGGAAAGUGAAAUGAAGUCACCGGAUGUUUCAAUUCUGCUCGGAUCAACAUCUAAAGAAAGUACUAUUGGGCUUGACGAAACAAAAGGUCAACAACUGGAAUCAACAGAAUCCAAGACUCUAGCGGUUUUGACCGUGGAGGAUGAGAAAGAAACAACUGACAAUGCCCCAUUGAGCGAUGAUAGACAUCUAGAUAUUUGUGCAAAAGAGAUUGAACAUGCUAAUAUCGUCGAUGCUCCAGUUGAUGAAGUACUGCAAGAGGGAGAUAAAGAGAAUAGUAGCCUGAGCAAGAAUGUAUGUAGAAACUUAGAGGUUGGUGAAGAAAGUGAUGACUUUCUUCAAGAUUCUACUACUAGAAUGCAUGGUAUGAGCACUGAUGACAAAAACCAAUAUGAGUCUGUUGGAGAUAAAGAUGUGCAUAUGCUAUCCGUGGUUGAAGGCAUAUCAUCUUUAAACUAUUCUCAAGAUCACAAAGAUCACGGGUCUUUAAAGUCCAGUAUUGCACUUGGCAUGGACACCAGUAUUGAACUACUUAGCUCUACAGAAGAUGAGGAUAAAACCACUCUAGAGGGUAAUGAUCAGUUCGUAAUGGAUGCAGGUAAGCCUGACCAGCAACUAGUUGGGCCUCCAACAAUCUUGGAUGCUUUGGGAGAUGACAUUACGAAAGAUGGUGGUGAAGUUCUGGCUGAUGGGAAAAAUGAUAUGGGUGGAUCAGAGUUGAUAAAUGAUGAACAUUUUGAAUCUUAUGGAUUGGUAUCUGCUACAGCUACUCCGGAGUCACCUGCGUUAACUAUGGAACCAACUAUUAGUCUUUCUAUGGAGGACAAGUCUUCAGAAAGUCAUUUGAGAGAGGAUGUUAGACAAUCUAUUCCCACAAUCUUAGAUGCCAAGGCAGAUGAUAUUAAGAAUCCCAUUGAGGAAAGUUCUCAUUCAUAUGGAUCAAAGGUGAUAAAUGAUGAGAUUUUUGGAUCUUGUGGAUCAGGGCCUGCUACAUCUACUUUGGAAUCACCGAUAUCAAACUUUGAGCCAGCUAAUAGUUUGCCUAUGGAGGAUGAAUCUUCGCAAUGCAAGCCCCUGGGCGGCUCAGAUGAUAAUUCUUCUGCUCCUCAUGUUUGCGAGGAAGACAAUAUUAUAUCUAAAGGAAGUGAAAUUAUUUAUGAUUGUGGAAUAGAUAAAACAAAGAUGUCUUUUUCUGCUGAAAAUGAGAGCAGUGAUGUCUUUCUUCAAGAUUCUACUACCAUGCAUGAUAUGGGUACAGAGGACAAAAGCCAAUAUGAGUUUGUAGGAGAUAAAGAUGUGCAUAUGCUAUCUGUGGAUGAAAGCAUAUCAUCCAUAAACUAUUCUCAAGAUCACAAAGAUUGGGGAUCUUUAAAGUCCACUAUUGCACUUGACAUGGACACCAGUAUUGAACCACUUAGCUCUACACAAGAUGAUGAUAAAAGCACUCUAGAGGAUAAUGAUCAGUUCAUAAUGGAUGCUUGUGAGCCUGACCAGCACCUACUUGGGCCUCCAACAAUCUUGGAUGCUUCGGGAGAUGAGAUUAGGAAAGAUGGUGACAAAGUUCUGGCUGAGGGGGAAAAUGAUAUGGAUGGAUCAGAGGUGAUAAACAACGAACAGCUUGAAUCUUAUGGAUUGGUAUCUGCUACAGGUACUCCGGAGUCACCUGCAUUAACUAUGGAACCAACUGUCAGUCUUGCAUUAACUAUGGAACCAACUGUCAGUCUUUCUAUGGAGGACGAGUCUUCAGAAAGUCAUUUGAGAGAGGAAGUUACACAAUCUAUUCCCACAAUCUUAGAUGCCAAGGCAGAUGAUAUUAAGAAUCCCAUUGAGGAAAGUUUUCAUUCAUAUGGAUCGAUGGUGAUAAAAGAUGAGCAUUUUGGAUCUUGUGGAUCAGGACCUGCGACAUCUACCUUGGAGCCACAGAUAUUGAACUUUGAGCCAACUAAUAGUUUGCCUAUGGAGGAUGAAUCUUUGCAGUGCAAGCCACUAGACGGCUCAGAUGAUAAUUCUAUUGCUCCUCGUGUUUGCGAGGAAGACAAGCAAGCUAUUAUAUCUGGAGGAAGUGAAAUCAUUUAUGAAUGUGGAAUAGAUAAAACAAAACUGACUUCUACUGCUGAAAGUGAGAGCAGCAAAGAUUAUUUGCCGGAUCAGCGUUCUGCUGACACACAGAUAGCUGGGAGUGAGCACAGAGAAAAAGUUGCUGCAAACGACGAUAUGGGAAACACAGAACCGAUGCAUGAUUCUUCAACAGCGGUAGUAGAAUCAACCAGUGCAGAUGAGAUUGAUGAAAGAAAAGAUGGGAGUGUGAUAGAAGCUUCUUCAAUUCCUCGUGACCGCGACAUGAAUUUGGGAAACAAUGAUGUGGUGGUAGAUGCUAAAAGAGCUCUUGAGGUUAGUUCUCUUCCUCCUGUAAAAAAGGGUGAAGAUGAUGAUGACAAAACCGGGAAGCAGCAAGAUGGUGGUGCCACUGUAGUUGAUAAAUCAGUUGCAUCAAGUAGCAGAACUGAUAGCUUGGAAGCCAACUGGGGAUCUGUUUCAGAGUCAACCCUGCACGUUGAUGGAGGAGCACAGGAGAAGCCCAGCUUGCAGGAGACAACAUUACAAGCUGAAAGAGACCCUCACACAUUCGACGACAUUGUUGACCAGAACGUGCACAAAGAUCCAUCUGAUGAAGCCGCUGCUGCCAUGAAGGCUGCUGUUGGGAAUGAAGAGUCCCAGCAAGGCAGGACGAAGAAUGAGGAGGAGAGAAUUGCCAAAGUCACAAACUGGAAACAACAACACACUCCCUUGAAAAACCUGCUGGGGGAGGCCAAAUCGCCUAAAAAAGACGAAACUGCCACUGCUUCUUCCAAAGUCACCACCACCACGGUGAAUUCAAUUCUAAUGUCAGAGGAGGGCCAGAAGGAGGUGGAUAAAGAAUGGGAUUCCCCGGCACGGUAUCGUCCAUCAGUUGAUAUCAAGAAGGAAAGGAAGAAAGGGAAGACAUACUGGGUUCCAUUUGCUUGCUGCUCUUCUUCUGUGCAUUGAUUGAUUAUUGUGACUGUGUUUGUGGAUCUCUUUUGGGACAAUUUCUAUUGUUGCAUUUGGCUUGCCAUUAUGUGGGAUUGAUGUAAAGGGGAAGGGAUUUGAUUUUUUUUAGUUCACAUUAACUACUACGUACUUCAUAUGUCUCAAAAUGAAUUUCAAAUAAAAAACAUAAAUUUUG